CUGAACAAACAUGCUGCUGAAUAUUUCAGUAGAAAUCAGGACUCUCAGGACUCUUCUCCUGCUGCACUGAGCCAUAGUAACAGUUUCUCCACCAUUUUCGAGGUGCGAGUGAGGCUGCGCAAGAGCGGACCGAGAGGUUGCGCGGGAGCGAGGCUGCGCGAGAGCGGGCCGAGAGGUUGCGCGGGAGCGAGGCUGCGCGAGAGCGGGUCGAGAGGUUGCGCGGGAGCGAGGAUGCGCGAGAGCGGGCCAAGAGGUUGCGCGGGAGCGAGGCUGCACGAGAGCGGACCGAGAGGUUGCGCGGGAGCGAGGCUGCGCGAGAGCGGGCCGAGAGGCUGCGCGGGAGCAGGCCGAGAAGUAGCGCGGGAACGGGCCACGUAACAACAACCAACGCAAUGCCCCCGAAGAAAGCUCCUACGGUCGAGGAGAUAGACGAUAUUAAAAAAUCCCUCGACUUUCUGGGUGAAGAAAUCUCUGCUGUCAGGAUGCAGCAGAAGACCAUCUUGGACCUGGUAGAAGAGGUCAAAGCUCUGAGGCUACAGAACAAGGAGAAGGAAAAGAGGAUCGCCAUUCUCGAGAACCGAGUGGAGGAGCUGGAGCAGUACACCCGGAUAAAUGACAUCAUUGUGACCGGACUGCAAAUUCAACCCCACUCAUAUGCUGGAGCAGUGGCGAGAAGAGAUGGAGAGGAACUGAAUGAGGAGGAUGCUAACUCUGUGGAGAAACAGGUGUUAGCAUUCCUGCACUCCAAGGGGAUUGAGGUAAAAAGCAAUAACAUCGAAGCAUGUCACCCUCUCCCACGGAGAAGCAACACAGGCAAACCGGUGGUAAUAAUGCGAUUUGCCAACAGAAAGCAUAAGAUGCAACUGUUAAAACAAGGGAAGAAACUGAAAGGCUCAGAUGUGUUUUUAAAUGAGCACUUAACCAAAAAAAAUGCAGACAUUGCAAAAAAGGCGAGACUCCUAAGGAAACAGGGGAAAAUCCAGAACACUUGGACACAAAACUGCAAGAUUUUCAUCAGGCUGAAGGGAUCUCCAGAAGAGGCCAAGAUCUUGGUCAUCCGAGAUAUUGGGGAACUGGACAAAUUCUGAGGGAGCCAAUC